AUGCGAGCUCGGAAUAUCGUUGUAUACCCACUUGCUACCGUCAGUCUGUAUCUUGCCUGCUCCGCCGAGUCGCGGCCCUUCGACAGUAUCAUCAGGUCAUUUGACAUCCUCAGCGAGCAAUCACCACUUCGUAGCUAUCUCAUGGGCAAGCCCGAAGGCCAGGUCUCUACCGGAGUCAUCAUCUCAGACGUGAUAGGGAAAACGCAGAAUAUCGCCAUCUUCAGUAGCUUGACUCGCGAUGUAGACGCAGUCUCUGGUCGCUUGGAUGAUGCUGCCCAAAACACAACAGUACUGGCGCCAGACAACACCUUUAUGCGUGGCCUUAAGAGGAAACCAUGGGAAGAUCCAGAAGACUACAACUCGUUUGGCGCAAAUGCAUAUGAGGGCAGCAGUGGCGAGGACCGGGCGCGAAAGAAUCUGGAGCGCUUCGUACAGCGACACAUUGUGACAGAGAGCCCCUGGGAGGAGGGAAAGAAGGUCAAGACACUUUAUGGCAAUGAGGUUUGGUGGGAGAGCAAAGACGGCCAAAAGAAGGUCCCACUCUCAUCAGCAUUCGUUUGGCUUCAGCCAAAUACCCCAGGUUCUUUUUUGGCCAGAUCGAAGUCGUGGGUCACGUUCAACUACAUCAGGGCCGCGGAACGCCCUAUCAAUCCAGCUAGUGCUGCUCUCGACUUACUUCUCCAGACAAUUCAACCUGGCGAUGUGGCAGUCACGAGCGUAGCCGACAAAGUCUCGAAUGGGGAGGUCUGGAUCGUCGAAGUUACCAACAUUGCCGACCUUAUGCAAAGCAACCCCAAAGCUUUUACAACAAUGGCUGCUCAAAAUUUGCUUACUGAGAUUUACUUGAAAAUCUCGUAUCUUCACCUCUUGAUUCUCCGCAGCUUCUUAGGAGAUUACCCUCGAUCUCCCAAUUUCAAUCCAAUACUUGCAAACAUGGCAUUUCAACCCAGCGACCUAGCCAUCUGUGAAACAUGCGGCACGCAAUACGAUGUCCCUCUCUCCCAGCAUCCAGAGAGUUGUCGCAUAUGCGAUGACCCCCGCCAAUACGUCCCCCCAUCCGGCCAAUCCUGGACCAGUCUCAAGCAAGAAAACUCUCUCCAGAAAAACACGUACGAAACUGACCCCAAUGAUGCCCGCAUGCACUAUAUUUCCACGCGGCCCCUAACACCCUCGGAACUGCCGCCAGGUCUUGCAGACACGACCACCACGCGCAAACAACUCGGGAUCGGACAACGCGCCAUCCUCCUCCAAACUGACAAGGGCAAUUUACUCUGGGACUGUGUUGCUUUCCUUGAUCAACUGACCAUCGAUUUUGUCCAGUCAAAGGGUGGGCUGAAAGCAAUCGUCAUCAGCCAUCCGCAUUUCUACACCACGCAUCUCGAAUGGGCACAUGCGUUCAAGUGUCCAGUGUACAUGAGCCGCGACGAUGCAGACUGGCUGAACCGCGAGGAUGUCGAGGGCGUGCGGAAAUUCACACGCGGUGUUACGCCGAUUGAGGAGGUGGGCGGUGCGGUCAAGAUGAUUCAAGCAGGAGGCCAUUUCGACGGAAGUGCGUUUUUGCUCUGGGAGAAGAAAUUGUUCAUCGCGGAUACGAUGAUGAGUGUCCCCUCUGCGUUCAACAAUGUCCAUCGUGUUCCAGACACCGUGUCCUAUGCGUUCAUGUGGUCGUAUCCUAAUAUGAUUCCACUACCGCCUGCCAAGGUUCAUGGCAUCUGGAAAGCGCUCGAGCCGUUCGACUUUGACUCGACAUAUGGCGGCUUCCCGGGCCAGAAUUUGACGCGGCCGAAUCUGAAAGAGCAAGUUUUGGAGAGUAUGAAGAUUUUUUUGCGUAGGGGUGGACACGAAAAUUUGGAGAUUUUUGGAGAGUCGGUGUGA